GCAGGCACAGACCGAGAUACACACGCUAGAGCAAGGAUAUCGGACAACGAAGCCAAAGCUUUCAUUUCACACUGUAGUUUUUCUUAGAAGUUUCGUGAGCUUGGCUUGCUUUGGAGCUUCUGCUUUAGAGUUUUAUUGACAGCCCUGUAGUUUCAUUUCUAUUUGCUCCUCCCUCACAAAAUGGCGGAGAAACCAGAAGAUUUGAAUUUACCAGCGUCAGUCGUCACUCGUAUCAUGAAGGAAGCUAUUCCAGACGGAGUUGCUGUCUCGAAGGAGGCUCGGCAGGCGAUCAGCAAGGCUGCGAGUGUCUUUGUGUUGUACUGCACGGCAUGUGCUAAUUCACAUGCGACGAAAGUCAAGAGAAAGACGUUGUUGGGUGCCGAUGUCCUGGCGGCCAUGGGUGAUAUGGAAUUUGAACACUUUGUUCCUGACCUGAAAGACAGCUUGGCAGCAUUUCGCAAGGACCAGCAGGAAAAGAAGGAGACGGCAGCAGAGCGGCGCAAGGCUGCUCAAGCAGCGGCUGUUGGUACUGGUUCUACGUCCGGUGAGGCUGACUCUGCGGCGACCAACGGACAAGGCGCAGGUACUGUCUCUCCCGCCGGUGAGAAUGGCAUGGGUGCUGACGGCAGAGCAGAUGAAGACGGCAACCCAGACGAGGUGUAAGCAUACCCGUUCGCUCUUCAUGAUAUGUAAGUGUGGCCGUGUGUCCGGCAGGAUCAUGGCUGGUGAGCUACCCUGCACUGGCGUUGUCUCCCCUUGACUUUCAUUGCUACUGAACUCCGCUUUGUGGUGCAGGAGGUACUACGGGCCAUGCUGAUCUACCUCAGCUAUGCCAUCUUCCUCUGCAUUCUAGUUGUCACCCUAACAGCUCCACAGCCUUGGUCCACACUCCUUGAGAAUGGUUUUCCAGAGCUAUUUUUAUUCUUUCGCCUUACUGUACGGUUUUGGAAAACUGUGACGUAAUGUGCGGUCUUAACCCUAUGACUCUGAGAACUGUGCGUUUUCGAUGCUUUUGGGGAUGGUGACUUGUUGCCUAUGCUGCAUCGAUACUUCUCCGUAUGAGCUUGAGUUAGCCUUGCGCAGUAUCUACCUGUUGCUGCUGGUGAUGAUCUUUUAAUGGGUAUGUAUCCGUGUCUGUAUGUAGUGUACUUAGCAAUGUACAAUUUGUACUAACGGCCUGUAAACUUUCAACACUUUAGGUAACGGCCUAGAUGCUCUCGGAUUGAUUUUUUUUUAAAUCUUGUGCAGCCCAGCUUCUUUGCUGCGAUUGAUGCGCAGUGUUGUAUGUCUUGUCGCUUCUUCUGCCCAUGCCUCUGGUCAUGGGACAUGGUAUUUUUUUGGCCGCCAUAACAUCAUUGCUAAUAGGUGCGAGCGAAUAUAUCUGGACUUUUCAUUCUUUGGCCACCAGGGAGAACGUCCGCUACAUAGGCUUGAUGCAAUUGUCUAAAAACUAACCGGGUGGUAAUUGGGCACUUUUAAAGUUUAUUUGAUCGAACACGUUGUCAUGGUUGUUGUGAUCGCAUAAUUAUACUAAUUUUGGAAGCAGCCGGCCUUCUUUUUAGAAUUACAAGCUAGGCCACCAGUCA